AUGCCUUCAGUUACAGACCGAAGAGUGUACGAGGACCAAAUACCGCCAUUCAUGACAGUAUUUGACCUGGACGCCGAGACAAUGGCCGACCGGGACACUGUCACACUCAUGGAUACCAAGUUUGUCGACUUGGAACCCAAGCGACCUGGCAUGAUGGCUUCUCACCAACAUCGUCUCGGGCCUAGCAUGAUGCCCGUUGACCCAACUCACAAGCACCAUGACAGCACUUCAACACAAACCUCGGAAUCGGCCGACUCCUCGCCCACCACGACGCUGUCUACAACAGACUCCUCGCCUCUCUCAGAUGCGUCUCCCUCGUCUUCUCCCGAUUCUCCCAUGAAUCUCAUCCCGCUCAACAACUUCCCAGCUACAAGCUUCGGUAACCUCUCUACCAACAUGAACCUCGGACUCAACAGCAACACAACCACCAGUACUAUGCUGAGCGAGCCUCCCCGGUUACAGCGACCCAUGACAUCACCCUCCCCUCGGAGAGGGCGCAACAUGAAGGGCCUGUCUAUUCAGCCUCCCUUUGCUGUCACUACUUCAACAUCGAACAUUUCGCUUAUGUCUGAGCCUUCUUCUCCAUCUUUUAUCAAGCCUCCGGUUCCUGCCGUGAGACGGAAGCCAAGCCAGUUGAGUCUCAAGACCAACACUUCCGACCUGGUUCACAAGACCACUCUAGAGGUUCCUCCUUCGCCAGCCAUGCCCAUGCUCCAGCGUCGAGCUCUGAAGCACUCUUCCUCCUCACCUCACAUGUCUUUCGGCCUCAAGUCGGCAAGCUUUGGCCCGCCGGGUGGCAUGACCUUCCCCAAGGUCUUGGAGCGAAACGAAUCCGGUCUUUCUGAGGUGCUGCGACCUACCAAGGUCAGCAUGAAGCCAGCUUUCGAAUCUGCAAUUACCGAGGAGGAGUCGGACUCGCCUAUUCGCACUCAAAUGGCCUUCCGAGAUGACGAUCCGUACCGUGAUAACGAGAACAACGAGGACAUGAAGACCCCAGGAUAUCCUGACGGUCCAAUUGCCAUCUAUGGAGACAAUGUCUUCCUCUAUUCGGAACCAACAGCUGACGAGGCAGCCCGUUUUGACGUCGUCAUUAACUGCGCUAGAGAAGUUAGCAACCCCUUUGAAGACCGCAAGGCGGCUCGGGAUUCGCGAUCGCCAUUGGGGUCAACGCGACGCCCCAUAUCCGGCAUUGACAGCCCGAUUCCAGACACUGGUAUGUCUACAGCCAGCUUCAUGACGGCUUGGGAGUACCCCCAAGGUGACGACUCGGUUGAGACGCCUACAACACCAAAGGCAUUCCAGUUCCAGGAGCCAGAGUAUAUUCAUAUUCCUUGGGACCACAACACCGAUAUUGCUCCGGAUCUGAUGGAGCUUUGCGAUGUCAUUGACAACCGGACCAAGGCUGGCAAGCGUGUACUUAUCCACUGUCAACAGGGCGCAAGCCGAUCUGCUAGUUUGAUUAUUGCCUAUGGUCUUUUCCAGAAGCCUGAGCUUACUGUCAACGAUGCUUACUACGCUGCUCAAGCCAAGAGCCAAUGGAUCAGCCCCAACAUGAAGCUUAUGUACUCGUUGCAGGAUUUCCAGAAGGAAAUGACAACAAAGCGACCCGCCGUGCCUUCAAAUCGCCCCCGCCCUGGCCGAAGUUCCUCAAAACACAGACUGACACUUUCCGCUGAUGGUAUCGCUAUGGGCCCCAAGGAACCCCAGACCGCACCUCUCCCGACACAAAACGAGGAAUCGCAGGAGUCAAAACUGAAAUUGAGCCCGAACCGACUUCGAGGCAAUUCGACACCUGGCCCACGCCCAGUUUCACCUGGUCCAGCUUCUGCUCCACCUACGUGCACGUGGAAAGACGAAGUUGAGCAAAAGCCUACGGAGCACUUGGACCCUUUCAAGCUGAGUGAUCUGCCAAAGAGGCCCGUAUCAAGCCAAGGUAAGGCACCGACUCUUUUGGCUCCAUCUCCCUCGAUGGACUCUACUAUGAAACCUCCACCUUCACCUGGAUUCCCGUCUCAAUCGAGUAUGGGAUUCCAGACCAUGUCAUUCCCACGUUUCAACCCAGCACCUGCGGAAAUGAAUUUCGACCCUGUGCCAGUGCCGAGAACAAUAAGUCUUCCUGGCUCGUACCCAGAGGACAAUGCUCUAUUAUCACCCAGAGCUGAAACAAUGACGAAUAACCCGCUUCAUCAGGUCGCUGAGGUCGCGGGUAUGCGCUUCGUCGAAAGCCCUCCCACUCCUGGCCAGGGAUUGUUUUCUCCUCGAGCGGGCAUGUUCCCCCGCGACCCUUUCUCAACGUUUGGCAGUCCUCUAGUGGUUGCUGACCCAAGAAGUCCACCAACAAAGGGCGAGGCACCUAUUAUCCGCUCAAUUGACGAUCUUUUAUGA